ACGCGUCGCGGGUGCGGGCCCGAGUACGUGUCUGAGGGGGACGUGGCGGUGGGGCCGGUGCGGAGCAGCCGCGAGGAGCGGGAUCGGCUCCAGCACCAGUGCCGGGGUGGUUUUAAUUAGACUUCGGUCAGCCCAGGUUUUAUCGGGAGCGGAUUUUAAAAGCGUCUCUCGUCCCUCUGCCUCUGCAGACGGGGCACCAUGUCGGAAGCGGAGCAGCAGCUGGCGGCCGGCGCCACCCAGAAUGGGCACGAAGCGGCCGAGAGCGCCGGGGAGCAGCAGGCCGAGACCGGCGGGGCCGCUGCGGCGGCGGGAGCGGCAGGAGCAGCGGGAGCGGCGGCGGGAGCCGGCCCAGCGGCGGGAACAGCGGGCACGGCCGCAAGCCAGAAUGGGGCCGAGGGCGACCAGAUCAACGCCAGCAAGAACGAGGAGGACGCGGGGAAGAUGUUUGUUGGUGGCCUCAGUUGGGAUACAAGCAAAAAAGACUUGAAAGAUUACUUCACCAAAUUUGGUGAGGUAACCGACUGUACGAUAAAGAUGGACCCUAACACGGGAAGAUCCAGAGGCUUUGGAUUUAUUCUCUUCAAAGAACCUGGGAGUGUUGAAAAGGUUCUGGAACAGAAAGAGCACAGACUAGAUGGACGACUAAUUGAUCCCAAGAAGGCCAUGGCAAUGAAAAAGGAUCCAGUGAAGAAAAUAUUCGUUGGUGGGCUAAAUCCAGAAGCUACAGAAGAGAAAAUCAGGGAAUACUUUGGAGAGUUUGGAGAGAUUGAAGCAAUUGAACUGCCAAUGGAUCCAAAGACCAACAAAAGGAGGGGGUUUGUGUUCAUCACUUUCAAGGAAGAGGAUCCAGUGAAGAAGGUUUUGGAGAAGAAAUUCCAUAACGUCAGUGGAAGCAAGUGUGAGAUUAAGGUAGCACAGCCAAAAGAAGUGUACCAGCAGCAACAGUUCAGUAGUGGUGGAGGAAGAGGUAGCUAUGGAGGAAGAGGCAGAGGUGGAAGAGGCGGCGCUCAAAGUCAAAAUUGGAAUCAAGGUUAUGGCAAUUACUGGAACCAGGGUUAUGGGAAUCAAGGAUACGGCUAUCAGCAAGGUUAUGGUGGCUAUGGAGGCUAUGAUUAUUCAGGAUAUGGGUAUUAUGGAUAUGGACCAGGCUAUGAUUACAGUCAAGGCAGUGCAAAUUAUGGGAAGACACCAAGACGUGGUGGUCAUCAGAAUAACUACAAGCCAUAUUGAUCAAACUUAUUCAGGCCUGGCAGUGGUCACAGUUGAUGCCUACAACAAGCACUGGAUAUUCCACAAGUUGAAGACGGAAUACUGACUUGUUUACCUGAAGAUAGUAGGACUUCGGGGUAUUUCCUCAGAGAAAAUAUAAAUUUUAAUAUAAUUUCAUAAGCUUUGGAGGUUAGCUUGUCUUGUAGCUUCAGUGAUAUCAAACUUCUUCAAGUAGGAGCUAGAUAGAAAGCUGUUUAGUUUUUGCCAGCGUAUGUAAAACAAGACUUUUCUAUCUGCAUUGUAGAUUGUUUGUGGACACUUCCAGAUUCUUGUGCUUUCUGCAGUCAUUCUGGGGACUGAACUCUCAUUGAUAUUGAAAGAAGUUCCAUGAACACGACACGUGCAGGAAUUUGAGUGUAGAAGCCCACAGUGUGGUUUGGAAUAGUGAACUGCUUUUAGUUUGGAGAUGACUGGGGGAGAUGGGAAGAGCAACUGUACAUUAAAGGAACAAUUACAGAUCUUCCUGGUGACAUCAAUGAGAGAUUUGCCUUCAACCUUUCACAGAAAAAUUUUUAGCUUUAAUUUGGGAUAUUAAAGGGGUUUUUUAAAAGCACUAAAGGCCAGUGGAAGCUUGUUAGCUGCUCCUUAUGCCUUUAAAAACCCCUACACCAAAAGUGAUAGCCGAGAACAUGAAAUGGAAGUAAAUAAAAUGCAUUUUCAUUGCUGUUUUGAGUUACAUAA